ACAAAUCUGGACCCAGUUGUCUGCUAUGAUCAGAGCAAAACGCACGAAGAGCGCGCGCCGUCCAGUUUACAUGAAGCAGCGUCAUAUCCGGUCCGCGCGCGUACCGUGUGAGAAGACGGUCACAGGAGGAGCGUGCGCGCGGACAGGAAGUUGCCGAGAGCGGAUCGAUGGAUGUGAUUAGAAAUGUGAACCCAGAGAGUCGCAGCAACAGCGCAGGGUUCGGUUCUAAGGAGGAUCUUGUCCAGGAGCGGUGAUCAGCUCAAACAGGCCUGUGCUUCUAAUCAGGAUCCAGUCUUUCAUCUGCUGCAUUGUUCUCAUCCAGGAUCUGUGUUUCCCCCCCUAACUCAGAGUGAUCCGCGGUUUUGAUCGGCUUCAUUGUAAAAGGACUGCAACAUUAUAGUAUUUGAUUCUCAUUAUUUAUUAUUAAAAUCAGCUGCAGAUGUUCAGCACAUCUGGACCACACCAAUCCACCAGUUCUGAGAUGGUUAUGGCUCUGAAGUGGUUCUGUGUGACUUGCCUCUAAAUGUGGGAACAUCUAUAUUUUAUGAGGAUCGAUCGCAGCAUCAGUCGAUGACCUCUCCAUCUGGGAGCUGCUGCCAGGAGAUGAAGGUCAGCAGCAGGAGGAAGAGGAUUUUUGCUCAGACCCAUGUCAAUAAUUGAUCAGCAGCUGCAGGACUAACUGGGAGCUGAUGGGAUCCAGUUUGGCUGCAGACACUCAAUGGAUUCACCUGUCAGCAUGGCUCUUCAGUCCGGCUCUAACUACACAGCCGACAGCAUGGGUCCCAGUAUUACCGCCUCACCUGUAGAACCCAGGGUCGUCUCUAUAGUAACCGGCCUAGUGACGGCCACCACUCAGGCCUCUGUCGGGGCAUCACGUAACCUCUCGGCCCUCAGGGAGCAAAGGGGCACAGAUGAAGGUGAAAUCCAGCUGCCACCGACGACGGCGGUGCUCAGUGCAGCUGAUGGGAACUCGGCUCUGCAGGGCAUGGCGGUGGCGGCUCAGGCUCUGGUGCUGCUCUUCAUCUUUCUCCUGUCCAGUCUGGGCAACUCUGCGGUGGUCGUUGUUAUCAUCAAACACAGACAGCUGCGGACAGUGACCAAUGCCUUCAUCAUGUCGCUGUCUCUGUCGGACUUCCUGACGGCCGUACUGUGCCUGCCCUUCUCCUUCGUCAUGCUCUUCAGCAAGGACGGCGUUUGGAUGUUUGGAGACGCCUUCUGCGUGGCCAAUGGCUUCUUCAACACUUGCUUUGGGAUCAUCUCCACCCUCACCAUGACACUGAUCUCCUUCGACAGGUACUACGCCAUCGUCAGACAGCCUCAGGCUAAGAUCGGGCGUCAGAAAGCCACCCAGCUGCUGGUGGCUGUGUGGUUAACGGCGGUGGUUUUCUCCCUGCCCGGUUACCUGCUGGUCCGAACCUCAUCAGGAGUCCAUAAACGAGGUUUCUACCACUGCAUGUAUGUCUUCCACCCUGGGAGCUCUAGUGUAGGGACGGCAUACAGCAUCUGCCUGAUUUCUGUGUGCUACCUACUGCCGUUCUCCCUCAUGUGCUUCUGCCACUACAACAUCUGCAAAACAGUCCGACUCUCUGAGAUCCGGGUUCGACCCGUCACCACCUACUCGUACCUGCUGCGCUUCUACAGCGAGAUGAGAACAGCCACUACGGUUCUGAUCAUGAUUGUGUUCAUCAUCUGCUGCUGGGGGCCGUACUGCCUGAUGGGUUUGGUAACGGCAAUCGGAAACUACAGGUUCAACCCGGCCAUGGACACUGUUGCCAUCUGGCUGGCCUGGGCUAACGGUGCCAUCAACCCGCUGAUCUACGUCCUGAGGAACCCCAAUAUCUCCAUGCUUUUGGGCCGUAGCCGGGAGGAGGGCUACAGGACCAGAAACAUUGCCGCCUACCUGUCCGGUCAGAGCCGGAACCGUGAGACCCGGCUGAACCAGGUGGAGAGGAUCAGGGACCGCUACGUGACCCGAGCCGGAACCAACAACAGUCGGCUAUCAAGUUCCAGUCCUGGAAAAACUGGAGUGGCAGGAGGAGCAGAGAUGUGGGCCUGCAAGAACCCAGCCGUGUUCUUCUGCAGGGACACCCGACACGACACCACAUCACUGCCGAAUGCUGGUGGCGAGAUGAAGCCAAAGACUGCCGACACCAGCCUGUGAGCAGGUCCUUCUGUUUGGUUUCUGGUUUGGUCCAAAAACAAUCCGAGCCUUUGAUAUUCUGACAUUUGAUCACAGAUCUUUACCCGGCUUUUUAAAGAAAGAAAUUCUGAAUCUGAGGAGAACCUUUGAGUAAAUUAUCUAUCAUCAAGAGGCGGAACAAGACUGAGCGCUUUGUGUUCUCGCACCUCUAUGUGUCAAACUUUCCCAAAAAAGGAAAAUAUUCAGUUAUUCAAAUCCUGUCUCAGAGGUUUUACAUCUGAAGCUGCUUUAGUGUAAACUUUAAAUGACUUUGAUGUUCAUAAACCAGGCAGUAUUGUUGGCUAGAAUAAAACAAAUCAAACUCAUAUCUUAUCAACAUGCUUAUAUCUGACACAUGAAUUAUAAAUAACCAUGAAAUGAACAAGUCAACUCUUAUUACUACUUAACUCUUAUUUUUUAUUAUUCAUGUUUUCUUUGUAUAAGUAUAUGUUUGAUUUCUAAAUAAGAUCAAUGUAAUCUUUUAAUCUAAAUCCAGAGGAAGUAAGAUAAAUAAUUAAAAUACAAUUGCACCUUCGUAUGAGAACAUUAUCAGAGAUCUGAAAGUUGCUGACAAUCUGUUUGACUCUCAAAGAUCAAAAGAAAGGUUGUUUGUUGGUUUAAUUCUGUUUUUUUUUCUGACCUAAUGUAAUCAGACAGCUUUCGGUGGCAGCAGCAUCACGGACACGUUUGCCAGAAGUUACAACCUGCCUCUGCUCCAGCGACGCUGAGACAGGGAGGUCUCAUCUGGCUCUGGGGUUCAAAUGUUGUUCAUGUUCUUCACAUUUUACAGGAAACUGGGAUGUUAAUGGGAAGAAUGUUUGCAUCAAGAAGUUAAAGAUGGUGGAAAAUAGAAAAGAUGGCGAAACAUUAUUAAAUGAAAAAGCUUAGCGUAUGAUGCACUUCAAACAUUUAUAACAGGGUCUGGCUCCUUGGGUGGAAAAAAGUUAUCAGAAAGUCCAGUUCCAGGUGCUAUUGGAUCUUGUAUCUGGACCAACCAAUUUAAAGGGGAGAUUUUUCUGAAAGAAACUCUCUGUGUGUUGCUUUGCAUAUUCAAAGUAUUUUAAUAAUCAGAAAUUUAACAUUCAGUAUUUUACCUUUCAUGUUUUAAUAAAAAGGAAUGGUUGAACUUUA